GUGAUCUAUUCAUUAACACUGGUCAUGCUAGUUACAGGGUUUCCGGUUUUACAACAAACAGAGCAGGUAACUCCGCAGCGAUUUUCAGGUGUCCCGCUGGAGAAGAGCGCGGCGAGGUCACACGUACACAAACACACACUCCCAGCUGAACUACACGCUGCGCGAUCAGAGUAGCAAUGAGAGGAGAGACCAGACCACACCUCCGAGCGGAGGGCAAAAGUCCGGACUGAACGAGCAGCGCACCUGCAACGCCAUUCGCUAUGACAACCUGAUAUGGUCGGGAUUACUGUGCGAGACUUACAUUAAACUUGAUGUCUCUUUUAGCUGAGCGCGUUUCACCUCUCAGACGGAUUGGCUGUAUUUUUCUUGCUGUGUGUAUUUGUGGCUGAUGUGUUCGGGAUGGUGUGCUGCCUGCCAGCGCAUCACAGAUAGUGACCUGUCUCAUCCUGGCCAAGAGAAGAACUCAGAGACUUGCUCCAUUGUCUGUGUCUAGCAACCAGGCAGAGAAGAAUACAUCGGAGACCUGCAGUCCAAGAUACAACAGAGAAUGAAUGGCGCACUUGGCCUGCCACAAUGCUCAGCAUUCACACCUGACGGGAAAGAUGCCAUUUGCUCUAAAUCUUCAAGAAAACCACCAAACUUCAAUAGCCAACAGCAACAUGAUCCAAGAAAGAGGAGGCGGUACACUGUCAGAAUGCUUCUAAACCUGAACACCUCUGUCCUGGUUUGUGGAUCACUCACACACUGACAGCCAGGGACAUUUUGCCUAUGAAAUAACCUCAGAGAGACCUUGCAGGCAAACUGACUGUGGACUGUUUUUUUAUAUUGAGGGCUAAGUUGGACGGCUGUCCAGCCCCAAGGCCGAUACACUGACAGAUCAGCCAUGUCAGCCUAAAGGAAUCUGACUACUAAUAAUUAUAAAUGCUUUAAAACUAAGAAUUACAUCUUGCACACUUUCACCUGUCUGGUCAGCCUGGUUGUGUUCACGCAGGCAGUCUUAAAAAUAUACUUUGGAGUCUGGACUGCACCUGUCAGUGAGAGGGAAAGAGGACAACUUCCCAAGGAAAGGAACCAUUGCGAAUCAAAACCGAAAGUCAUAUUUUUUAGAAAUGAUUUUUAAGUAUAGGCUAAGGUGAAGGACACAUAAUACGCUCAAAUCAAGACCCAAGGUGAUAUAGAAUAUUUCCUUGCUGUCCUUUCUCUCUCCACACUCUGUUGAGGAAAUAACUGAAAGUAAACACACCAGUGAAUGAUAAACUGCCACGUGGAGAAGCACUCUCAUCUCAGACGCUUUCUAACUCUUUAGGGAACUGUAACCAGGUGUCCUCUCACAGCUGGGACCUGUCUUGAGCACCAUUAGCAGUGAACAUCAUGUCAGAGCUGGAGGACUAUUCCCCUCCUCGGGGCCACCUUCAUCCUGACCCGGCUCGCAUCCAGCAGAACCUCCUGGAGGAACAGGUGGAGCUCUGGUGGUUCAGCGAGCCACGCAAAUCCUUAUUAUGCUACUGCGCUUCAGUGGCCUUGAUCUUAGGCUGCGGUCUGGGCGGCGUAGGCCUCCUUUCCACUACCACCAGCCUUUCCAGUGAGUGGCGACUGGGCGCCGGAACUGUUCUUUGCCUUCUCGCUCUGGCCGUCCUUCUCAAGCAGUUGCUGAGUUCUGCUGUCCAGGACAUGAACUGCGUGCGUAGUAGGCGCCGGAUCAACAUGCUAAAAAGCGGUGGUUUAUCUGACGUCCUCGUCAUGUUGAUCACGGGAAUCUCUCUGCUAAUUUGUGGAGCUGUCCUGCUGGAUGUGGCCCUUUCCUACCACAUGCCCAAACCUGGGAAGGCACUGAAUGACAUGUAUAUAUCUGGGGUGGUGAUGCUGGUAGGUGGGAGUUUUACAGCGUUAGCGGUCGGGAUUUACGCAGCAGUAGUUUUCCUCUUAGAGAGGUCAGGACCGGGACAGAGACGAUGGGAGAGGACAGUGGGGAUCUUCAGCAUUUCAGGCCAGAUGCAGGCAAGGAGAGAGACUGCUUCAAGCCUGGCUCGUCUGAUAUAAUUGUGACUACAUAAUAAAUAUACCAUUCUUUUACUGAACAGGAACUGAGAUGAAAAACUAGCACCCUCAAUGAUACUUUGCACCCGUUAAACUAAGGCACAAAUCACAUGUGAUAUUUACAAUUACAUUUUGAUUCACAUUUUGGAUCAAGGAUCCUGGCAUUAAACAUUUGAGGGUUUAAGCACAAACAUUCAGCUUUUACAUGUGUCACUCCAAUAAAGUACAGUUAAAAGUACUGAAAAAGCACUAAAAUAAUCUAAAGUUUGACCUUUAAUUGAUUUUAGGUAAAACAUGCUGCUUUAUCUCCAAUGCUUUUGGACAACUACAAUAUGUGCAUGUCCUUGACUGCUUUAUUUAUGUGGGCAACUGUGAGCAUACCAAGUGGUUGUCCAUCAUGGGAUGUCUUUAGCUUUUCAGGAGCUCUGAUGUGUGAGCAAACUGACUGACUGUGUCAGCUGAAUUCACAUAUGUGUGGAUUUAUACUACAACCUGU